AUGAGACCUCCUGUGGUGCUCUUUUAUUUCCUCCUCAUCCUGAGUGAAGGCCUUGCAGCAAACAGCAAACCCCACAGGAGUGUUUCCUUCCAAGACAUAAACUUGAAACAGUUCAAAGAGCCUGGUUUUGGCAGCUUGAGCUCUUUGAUGAUAAGAGAGGAUGUCGGCCAGCUUGUCGUCGGAGCCAGAGGGAAAGUGCUCACCCUCAGCUUGGAUGACAUCACCAAAAAGACAAGUGAGGCCAAAUGGAUGGUCAGUUCAGCAGACAGAUCCCUUUGUCAAAGGAAGGGAAAGGACACUAAGGAAUGUGAUAACUUCAUCCGGACUCUACACACAAUGGACGAUGGUAAAAUGCUGGUGUGUGGGACGAACGCUUUCAACCCUACAUGUGACUACAUGACUUUCACAAAUGGAAAACUGUCUCUGGAAGGAAAAAAGCAGGUGGGCAGGGGGAAAGUUCCCUUUGACCCUUACCAACACUUUGCUUCCCUUAUGGAUGGAAACACUUUGUACUCUGCCGCUUCCGCCAACUUUCUGGGCACAGAACUGGUGUUUCAGAGACAUGGACCGAACCCUCUCAAGACUGAAAUGAAACACUCCUGGUUCAACGAGCCUACCAUGAUUUCCUUAAGCCUCGCUGAAGCAAGCAAAAACAGUGAGGGCGGUGAAGACGACAAUGUAUUCUUGUUCUUCACUGAGAACGCUGUAGAGGAACGUCACAGCAACAUCCAGGUGUCAAGGAUUGCCCGUAUGUGUAAGAGUGACUUGGGGGGCAGAAGGACCCUGCAGAGAAAGUGGACUUCUUUCUUGAAGGCCCGUUUGGACUGUCCAUUUGGCGAUGCUGGCUCAUCAGCCCUAGUCCAGGAUGCUUUCCUUCUCCAAAACCAAAAUAACUGGAGGGACAGCAUCUUUUAUGCCACCUUCACCUCCAACUCGGAGUCUUUGGGUCCUUGCAGCCGGUCUGCUGUCUGUGCAUACAAGCUUUCAGACAUCAGCCUGGUGUUCAGCGGAAGGUUUUUGACUGAAAGGGAUACUGGGAGCUGGGAUACAUACACAGGAGAGGAGCCGUUCCCUCACCCUGGUUCAUGCAUUAACGAUGAACUGCGGGCUGAAGGUGUGAUGACCUCUCUGGACCUCCCUGACAAAACCCUGCUGUUUGUGAAGAACCACCCUCUGAUGGAGGGGGUGGUCACACCGAUAGCUGGCAAGCCUCUGCUGGUCCGCACAGGGACACUGUUUUCCAAUAUUGUUGUGGACCAGGUCACAUCACUGGAUGGACGACAGCAUCAAGUUAUGUUUAUUGGCACAGAUUCUGGUUGGCUGCAGAAGGCUGUGAAGUUUGAUGGUGAGGAAGGCCGCAUCAUUGAGGAGCUGCAGCUGUUUCAAACUCCUCAGCCUGUCAGUUUUCUCCAGCUCUCCUCCAAAACAAACCAGCUGUACAGUGGUGCCAAUGACAUUGCUGUCCAAGUUGAUAUAAGGGACUGCAGUCGCUACACAUCAUGCGAUGACUGCCUUCUUGCCAGAGACCCAUACUGUGGCUGGGACAAGAUCAGAGGCCAGUGUGCAUCAGUUGCUGGCAUGUUACUUGGAUCUAUGAUUCAGAGUUUGGCUGAUGGAGACAUCCAGAUGUGCCCAAUCUCUGAGUUGAAAAAGAAACCUGCUGUCAUCCACCUCAUCACUGGGACAGCGCAGUUCCUCCCAUGUUCUCCUGAGACAAACCUCCCGAUCAGCUGGCGCUUCUCUGACAGCAUCCUCCUUCCUGCUCCCCGUCACACUGUACUCAGCCAGGGCCUCAUCAUCACACCCUCCUCUUCUGAUUCUGGCAUUUACACCUGUGAGACAGUGGAGACAGUAAAGGGUAGAGUGCACCGUAAAACUGUGGUCCAAUACGUUGUCCAGGUUCAGGACACUAAUACUCUUAUCAGGACAAUGAAGGCAGUCGUGAUCACUCUGGCUGCUCUCAGCUGUUUGCUGAUACUACUCAUAUGCAGCACCCUCGUGCUAAAGGCAAAAAAGUAAAAUCACAUAGGCUGUGGCAACGAAAACAGUAACAACAAUCAUAUGAUCACUGUGAGGCCUCUCUGUCACUAUGAGCGGACUAUGGAUCGAUGCAUGGAGCAAGGGCUGGUUCCCUGUGACCAGACAGGACAGCAGAGUAUGGAGACUGUAAAUGCUAUGUCUGUACUCAUUCUCCCAGAAGGCACUGUACCCUACAAUAAGUGGCUGAAGAGGAGGUGGAGGAAGUCAACAACAAUGGCUGCACACUUAUUAAGAUCAGAGUGA